AUGAGGUCCAUCUUUUCUCUCUUCUUCUGUCUGGUUUUGGGGUCAUACGGCUCUUGUGCGGUCAUAACAGGGGCCUGUGAGCGAGAUUCUCAGUGUGGUGGGGGGAUGUGCUGUGCGGUCAGUCUGUGGAUACGCAGUCUGCGGAUGUGUACACCUAUGGGGCUGGAGGGGGAGGAGUGCCAUCCGAUGAGCCACAAGGUUCCUUUCAAUGGGAAGAGGCUCCACCACACGUGUCCAUGUUUGCCAAACCUGGCCUGUAUCAAUACACUAGAAGGCAAAUCUAAAUGUCUGCCACCAAACAAGUCCCAAGACUAUUAUCUGUGA